GAAGGAGGUAAGAUGUCAAGUUUUGCGGACGUUGUAAACAAAUAGAACUUACUAUGUCGAACAGUUUCGAUACACGUCUUAAGCCGAAUUUCCGGAAUUACGACCGUAACGGCCGCUGCAAAAAAAUCUCAAAGCCUUACAUUCUCGGAUACUUCAGUGUCAAUCACAAUCGGCAGUUCAUUCCGGACCAAACAAACCUCAAAUAUCUGAAACUACCGCCUAGUGAUCACCCGAUACAUUUCGAUUUGAAUGAAGGCUACCACUCAUAUCAGCAUAAACCCGCUCAUGCCUUCGAGGAUAAAUUGAAUCAUAUUCUGCGGUACAUUCUAUUGAAUUUAAAGAAACUGGCAGCGCGAACCGUUAGCCCAGAGCGUACAGACAAAUUGCUCAACAUUGACAUAAUUUGCUUUCGUGGGAAGCUUCGAAUGCUGAUGUGCACUCCGUAUGAUACCCGAGACGGAUGGUCGCUGUUAGCCACAAAAUGGAAGGGUAACAUUUAUUUGUGCGGACAUUCGACUGAGGAAGAGAUAUUGAAGAAGCAAAAUGAAUCUGAGGAGUUGAAGAAAAUUUGCACGUAUGGCUUCAAGUUCGAACAGUUUGUUAUGAGUGUUUCACCCACAAGUGAUCCAGUUACUGACACACCAGUACUCGAAGGUGAAGAAUUCUGCUGCAUGUUUACUACAAGAUUGGAAAGCACUAGCAUUCUAUACGGUGCCGAAAUGGAUGGGAUAGAAAGCAGUUCCGUUGUGGAUCUGUCUGAAACUGACCCGAACGAUUUGAAGUUCACAGAAUUAAAAGUCCGACUCAAAGUAUCAAACCACCGGCAAAUAGAGAAUUUUAACCGGUUUAAAACAAGAAAUUGGUGGUGUCAAUCGUACCUGGCAAAAGUCGAGAAGAUCGUGGUUGGUGUGAGAACACAAAAUGGAAUUGUAAAUACGCUGGAAUCCAUGGACGUUGCAUCUAUCCCACAAAAGUUCGAGAGAUUUUGGUCGGACACCGUUUGCAUGGAUUUCUUAGACAAUUUCUUGUGCAUGGUGAAACAUGUGAUGAAAGGCGUUGAUUGUCCGCAUACCGUGUACAGAUUCGAUCAUGAUCCCAACGCAAGUUACUCCAUUCAAUGUACCGUACUGAAAGGACCGAACGACUGCACGUUCAUUCCCGAUUGGUACAUAAGUGAAAUACAAAAAUUCGAUAAGCGAUAAGCGUUUGUUAUAAUGAAAAAUAUUUGGUUUUCACAGAAGAAAUAAAUUUUUCUACUUUUUGCCAGAAAA